GUCUUCCGGCUGGGCGCGGCGGAGGCGCGGACGCUGGCCGCGCGGCUGCGCCAGGCCCAGGCGGCGACCGGCGGCAGCCUGCUGGUCACCGUGUCGCGGCGCACCGGUCGGGAGGCCGUGGAGGAGCUGCGCGCGGCGCUGGCCGAGCUGCCCGGCCGCUUCCACGACGGCAGCGGCGCCAACCCCUACUUCGCCUUCCUGGGCCUGGCGGACGCCGUGGUGGUGACCUGCGACUCGGUCAACAUGGCCUGCGAGGCGGCGGCCACCGGCAAGCCGGUCCACGUCUUCGAUCUGCCGGGUGGCUCGGCGAAGUUCACCCGCUUUCACGACGACCUGCGCGCGGCCGGCAUCGCGCGUCGCUUCACCGGCGAGAUCGGGACCUGGAGCUAUCGCCCCCUGGCCGAGACAUCUCGUAUCGCGAGAGAGGAUCCUGCGACGAUGUAUCACCCCACCGACGUUCACAUCGGUCGGCGCCUGCGCGAGAAGCGCAUCGCCCUGGGCAUGAGCCAGUCGGCGCUGGCCGAGAAGCUGGGCAUCACCUUCCAGCAGGUGCAGAAGUACGAGAGCGGCGCCAACCGCAUGGGCGGCAGCCGGCUGUGGGACGUGGCCAACGUGCUGGGCGUACCGGUCGGCUACUUCUUCGAGGGGCUGCCGGGCAGCGGCGCCAAGCCGGCCCCGGUCAACGACGGCCUGCCGCUCAGCCGCCAGACGCUGGAGCUGGCCCGCGCCAUCAACGCGAUCCCCGAGGGCGAGGUGCGCGACCAGGUGGUCAAGCUGGUCAAGGCCUUCGCCAAGACGGCCUGA